GCGGGAUCAGGCAGGAGCCGGCCUCUUUCUCACUUGACAGCAGCAGAUCGAGGCCGGAGCGUAAGAGGGGGGAAAAAAAAUCGCGUUGGGCCGCGCGUAGAGCUGCUCGUGGCCAUGGUGGAAUCCGGACGGAGCCUCCUCCGGUGGUAAGAGGAGGAAGCCCCCUUUUCUAGAGGAGGAAGCUGUUUCUGUUUCUGUUAGCUCAUCACACCAGAGACAAAAAGUUUCCCCACAUAACAUACGUGGGCACAAUGGUGGAUUACUAUGAAGCGCUGGGGGUGCCCCGCAAUGCCUCUCCAGAUGACAUAAAAAAGGCGUACAGAAAGAAAGCCCUGCAAUGGCACCCAGAUAAAAACCCAGAUAACAAGGACUAUGCUGAGCAGAAGUUUAAGGAGAUAGCAGAGGCCUAUGAGGUUCUGUCUGACAAGAGCAAGCGCGAAGUCUACGACCGAUAUGGCAAAGAAGGGCUCAUGGGUGCAGCUGGAUCUGGUGGUUCCAGGGCUCAUCCAGGACCAGAAUUCACUUUCACUUUCCGUAGCGCCCAUGACGUUUUCCGAGAGUUCUUUGGAGGGCGAGAUCCAUUUGCUGACUUUUUUGAUGACCCAUUUGCAGACUUACGUGGACCUGUACCCCGGCAUCCUGCAGCAGGGCCUUUUUUUUCCCCCUUUCCUGCAUCAGAGUUCUUUGCAACCUCGCUUGGUCCAGGACUCAAUGCAGGGAUGGGCUUCCGCUCUGUCUCCACUUCGACAAGGUUCAUCAAUGGCAAGCGCAUUACCACCAAGAGGGUCAUUGAAAAUGGACAAGAGAGGGUAGAAGUGGAAGAAGAUGGAGAACUGAAAUCCAUCCAGAUUAAUGGGAUCCCAGACGACAUGGCAUUAGGCUUGGAACUGAGCCGGCGUGAGCAGCAAGCGCUACAGAACCGCGGGCCGUCCGCAUCUUCUCCAGUGACAUCCCCUCAACGCCCACCGCCCAAGCGCCCAUCCCCAAGCUCCUCCCCAGUGAUCUUGUACACCGACAGCGAUGAAGACGACGAGGAUCUUCAGCUUGCUAUGGCCUACAGCCUGUCUGAGAUGGAGGCCAAGAGCCAGCACAGAGCAGACCCUGAAGGACAGGCAUAUUCUGUCUGACACCCCUCCAUGCUGGCUCCCUGCAGGUGUGUUCUGAGUCUGGAAGAGCCAUGCGGAUUGCCUCUCCAGCAUUCGUUCUCGUUGAAGGUUGCUCAGGCCUGGACUUCACUUUCUGUUCUCUCCCUCAACCUGCGGGGGAUUGGGGAGGGGGGACUGGCAUGUGCCGAGUGUGUGAUUUUUCUCCCUUCGUUCUUUCUGCUGCGUAGCAUGUAGCACUCACUGGCGCAGGCAGGCUACAGCCUGUUUGCUGUAGAAGUAGCUAUCUUGCUGCUCCAGAAUUAACAUAGAGCCAAGGCCUUUUAUACUUACGAGCCCUCUUCACUGGUGCUCAUUGCCCUAAGAGAGCCUGGCUGAAGAGGGGGGGGGGAUAGUCUUGAAUAGUCUGCCCAGAGAGCUGGUGGUGGGUCAAGAAAGCCAGAAGCUCCUCAGAGGCCUGGACUGCAGCAUCUUCUUUAGCUGCCCAGGGGCACAUUGAUCCCAAGAGAAACACCAUUUGUGUUUGGAGAAUAAUAUGGAUGGGAAUAAACAAAAGUUUUGUUGGAGCACCAGGGCAGACUCCCAUGAUGUGCAAAAGGCAGCCUCGGCACAUUCCUCAACCUGCAGUCAUAUACAGAAUGAUACCUGAACUCCCAGAAUUCCUAGCUAGCAUGACGGCCCUGCUGCGAGAGAAUUGGGGGAGUUGCAGUCCCAGCACAUGGCAAGACUGCUCUAAAGGCAGGGGUUGGACAUCAAGUUUUCUCCCUUAGAGCAGCAAGGACUCUUCCAGACCAGUCCCUGCAAAGAGAGUAAGUCGGACUCUGUUGGUAGCAAGAAGAGGGCUAGGCCUGUGGUUCACCCCGCCAUCCCUCCCCCCCCCCCACGGCCCUUCUAGCAAAAUUUUCUUGAAAUAAUGACUACAGAUAACACAAUCCCAUUCAACAUGUCUGUAACUUGGAGUGGAUCUGGUCUCUUUUGUAAGGCAGAGUGCUGGCCUGGUAUAAAAUGGACGACAUUUAUCAAUAAACUCAUUUGGAAUUAA